CCAAACAUCUUGUGGGUUGAACUGAAGAGGACAAAGAAGAAAAACCUGAGAGAUGGAGGCUGCCGCUGUGCUCUCACUUCUGCUUUCUUCAGUGGUUUUAACAGUCGACACAGUUCCCACAGCCCAGAGCACGACAAACAGGGUGCGCUGUGUGUGUGAGAAUGCAUGUACAGACACCUGUGAGGGGCAUGUCUGCUUCUUCACCUGGACCCAUGGGCAUGUGGACCGGGGCUGCUUUGAGAAGGGGCAGCGUGAGCAGUGUUUCAUGUCUGGGAUCCCGAACGUGUACGCCCAGUGCUGCUACUCAGACUACUGCAACAGCAACAUCACAUUACCCAAGGAAGAAGAGCCAGGUGAGUCGGGCAGUAUGAUGGUCCUGGUUGCUGUACCUCUGCUGGUGCUGCUCUUGUUGUCUGUAGCUAUGUGUGUCCUCGUCCUGUGGUUGCGUUCCAAACGACAGCACCUCCCACUGCACGACCACGAACCCCCCAUGCUCAAAAUCCCCAGUGGAGGAGACCCAACAUAUGGGGAUAUCUUUGAUGAGUUUUGUACAUCAGGCAGUGGGACCGGCCUCCCUUACCUGGUCCAGAGGACCAUGGCUCGACAAAUCUCCCUAGUGGAGUGUGUUGGUAAGGGGCGAUAUGGAGAGGUAUGGAGGGGCACAUGGAUGGGGGAGAGUGUGGCUGUAAAAAUCUUCUCAUCUCGAGAUGAACAGUCCUGGUUCAGAGAGACCGAGAUCUACAACACCGUCCAGCUGAGACAUGAAAACAUCUUAGGUUUCAUUGCCUCGGACAUGACAUCCAAAAACUCCAGCACUCAGCUCUGGCUGGUCACUCAUUUCCAUGAGCUGGGUUCUCUUUACGACUUCCUGCAGUACAGCACUAUGGAUCCGGAGGGUUGUGUGCGUAUGUGCCUGUCGAUAGCGAGUGGUCUGGUUCACCUGCACACAGAGAUCCUCAGCACACAGGGCAAACCGGCCAUCGCCCACCGUGACCUCAAGAGCCGAAACAUCCUGGUGAAGAGGAAUGGUCAGUGCUGCAUCGCUGACUUAGGCCUGGCAGUCAUUCACUCUCAGUCUACUGACUACUUGGAUGUCGGAAACAACCCGAGGGUGGGCACCAAGCGCUACAUGGCACCGGAGGUCCUGGAUGAGAGCAUCCGUGUGGACGUCUUUGAGUCAUACAAGCAGACUGAUAUCUGGGCUUUGGGACUCGUUCUGUGGGAAAUCACCCGUCGCACCAUUGUAAACGGAAUCGUGGAGGAGUAUCGUCUCCCCUUCUUCGAUGUGGUGCCCUCUGAUCCCAGUUUUGAGGAGAUGAAGAAGGUGGUGUGUGUGGACCAGUACAGGCCUUGUCUUCACAACCGACUGCACUCCCACCCGAUCAUGUCUGCUAUUGCUAAAGUCAUGAAGGAGUGCUGGUUCCAGAGCCCUUCAGCUCGCCUUACCGCCCUGCGUGUGCGCAAGACCCUGGCCAAGCUGGACCAGGACCAGGACUGCAGCAUAGACAAACUCAAACUGGAUAUCUAGAGCCCUGCAUUAUAAAAGGGUAAAAUGGACAAAAACGCUGACAAAAACGUCUUUGCUUCACGUGCCUUAUAAAAAUAUACAUAUGGCCAAAAGUUUGUGGACCUCUAAAUCAUAUCCUUGUGCACUUGUUGAACAAUUCAUUUCAAAAUGAUGGGCAUUAUUGUUAUUGGUUCAGCCAAACACAGCUGGGCACCAGGAGAUACAGAGUAAUGAAGCCUGAACUGCAGUCGGUAUUUUAGUUUUUUAAAGGUGUUAAAUGGGAUUAAUUUAGGGAUCAAUCAUUUUGUUGUGGAUCACACAAUUGGAAGUCCAAAAGAACAUCGCCUCAAGUUUUGCACGCUCUCUCUAUGUCUGUGUGUGGGUUGUAAAGACAUGCAAGAGUUGGAUUGGCUGCUCUAAAUUACCCUGUAUGUGAAUAAGUGAAUGGGAGA